AGCUCGUUAAGAUUGAGGAUAUAUGCUGUCCGAUCCUUGCCUUUCUUGCUCAUCUCCUAGCGGCAUUUCUGUACAUAGUUUGUGGAACUCAUGAACAGCCUAAUUGACUGUGGAAAGUAAGAAAACCCUAGGUCGUAGAGAGUUAGCCAGCGGUUAUGGAGAACGGAGGAGAAGGAAUAGACAGACUAGACCAACUCCCAGACCACAUUCUUCACCAUAUCCUUUCUUUCCUCGACACCAAACACUCCGUUCAGACCUCCGUGCUAUCCAAUCGGUGGAGAUCUCUCUGGAAAAAUGUCACUCACCUCAAUUUCAACAGGGAUUCCUUCACGAGUUAUCCUUGUUUCAGUAGGUUCUUGAAAGAUGCUCUGGAUGCCUUUGGUGGUGAUGAUUCCCGUAUCGUGAAGGUGAGCUACAAGGAGAGGAAUUUGUGGCGACGGACCCAUGUGAGGAAGUUUCACGGGAUCAUGAAAUAUGCGAAGUCCCAUCAUAUUCGACACCUCCGCAUUCACAGCGGUACGUCGAUGAGGUCAAAUUUCUGGGAUUUGGUGGGCUCCUUUCUGAACUGUGAUCUGGAUACUCUGGAGCUAGGUCGAGUCAGUGUUGUUGCCCCACUUGAUUGGAUGGGGUUCCGAAUUCUGGAGAAUUUGGCUAUGGAAGACUGCUUGCUGCAUUGUUAUAGCGAAAAAGAUAUUGGUUUCUUCACUAACUUCCCCUGUCUGAAGAAUUUGGUUCUUUCUGAUUGCGAUUUCGUCCAUGCCAAGAAGUGCUUCAAGGUAUAUGGACCCCAACUGCUGAACCUGGAAAUUCAAGGUAUGAACUUACAGAAGGCGCCAGUUCAGAUAGUUGCUCCAAAGCUUAAAUUCUUCAGCUACGUGUUCAUAUCGGUUGUCCCGGAAUUCUCCCAGUUAAGCCUUCCUUUACUUGACCAUGCCAACAUAGGCAGCAAGUAUGCUCUCCAUUCUGUUGAAGAGAAGAAAGCAAUGGUAACUGCAAAUUUUGUCAACCUGUUCCAAGGUCUGCACAAUGCAACUUCUCUGCGGUUGGACUAUCAUAUCAUUCAGGCACUGAGCAAGAUUUGUGAUGGAUUGGAGCAUCAACCUUGUCCCUUUACCCGAUUGAAGUGCUUGAAAGUGCCGUGCAGUGAAGAGUCCUGCACUAUACCGCCUCAACUGAUCAAUUACUUCCUCAAGGGUUCUUCCACUACAAAUCCAGCAGCAUUUCUUCAGUUUGUCUAGGUGAUUGAAGUUCUAGAAAAGCUUUUUUGAUCCCCGCCCCACUCGUCGUGGUGCAAGGUGGACUCUGAUUUGGCUUGUCCUCGGUUUACUUGAACGAGUACUUGUAUCACCAUGCUAGCAUUUCCUCUUCACUGCCUGCGUAAACUAUUCCUACUCGAACUUCUUCUAUAUGCAUUCACCCCCUUUGCUUUUGCUAUUGUUGCUGCCUUGCUUGCAGUUGCUGGUGUGCUUACUCUUCUACAUUAUCCUGUUUUAUUGGAAGAUAUUCCUCACAUCUAUGGGGAAUAAGUUUAGCUAGCUUGACUUGAAUUUGAAGGGUUGUACUGCUUUUGUUGUUCUUAGAUAUGUAUGUCGCUCUAGCUUAAGCUCCUUUUUGUUGUACAUUACCUCGCCAGAGACAACGAAGGAACAGAACAUUCUCUAUGUAUCUUUGGAAACUCUGAUAUGCUUCGAAAGAAUCCGGGACAUGUUUUCAAGCGCAUCUCCACACAAUAAGGAGGUUUGAACAACAUAUUUGGUGUCAAAAAACGAAAAGGAUGUGAUGAAUAAUGGAUUCCAGAAGACAGCUUAACCUGCUGAUAGCAAUAGCUUCUUGUCUUCGCGGCAUUUCCUUCUGCCAUUCCCGGACUUGCAGCUGGUGUUGUUCACGGGUUGGAGAGGAGAAACCUUGAAGUGUUUAUAUGUUUGUUACUUUGAUUCCAAGGCAGACAGAGACACUCUGUUCUGGUCUUUGUGCUACAAAAAUGAGAGAAAUGACAAGAGUAAUGAAGUCCCCGCCAACUCUUCCAGAGUUGUUUUUUUAGCUAUACAAAAAACCUGUCGAUGCGAUAAUAGUUCUUUCAUUCAUCAGAAGACUAUAGUACGAGAAAUGUCAAC